GUGGUACGGUGGGGGGCUGGGAUCCAUCUCGGGAUCCAUGGCAGAUCGAUGGCUGAGCUUGCCGACCUGCCAGCCAGCCCGGGGGCAUCUCUCGCCGAACGUUGCCUCAUUCCGAGCGGCCAUGUUGUGCAUUCCUUCCUAUUAUUCUGUGCCAUCUCCCGUUGUCUUUGGCAGCUGGUCUUCUUCCCUUGUCGAGUUGAGAGGACAGCAACAGAGAAGAGAGCCACCAUGUCCAAGGAGUUUACGGUAGAAGAGGUCGCACAGCACACCUCCAAGGAGAGCUGCUGGGUCAUCCUCUACGGCAACGUCUACGACGUGACCGACUUCCUCUCAGAACACCCCGGCGGGUCCAACAUCAUCCUCAAGCUCGCCGGCAAGGACGCAACCCGCGAGUACGACCCAGUCCACCCCCCCGGCACCAUCGAGGAGAACCUCAAGCCCCAGGCAAAACUCGGCCGUGUCAACGCAGACAGCCUGGCACGCGCCAGCUCCUCGCCGUCACAACAACCGCCAGCUGCCGCCGCCCAGUCCAACGCCGUCGAGAAAUAUGUCCGCCCUCCACUCGACCACCUCCUCAACCUCGACGAGAUAGCCGACGCCGCCCAACGCCUUGUCAGCGACAAGUGCAGGGCAUACUACUACUCCGCCUCCGACGACCUCUUCUCAAAGUCCUACAACAACGCCGUCUACCGCAACAUCCUGCUGCGCCCCCGCGUCUUUGUCGACUGCACCGCCUGCGACACCUCCACCAGCCUGCUGGGCCAGUUGGGCGUCAGGACCCCCGUCUUCGUCUGCCCGGCCGCCAUGGCCCGGCUCGCACACCCCGAUGGUGAGGCUGGAAUCGCAAAGGCCGCCGGCUACUUCGGCGCCUGCCAGGUCGUGUCCAACAACGCGAGCCAGACCCCCGAGCAGAUUGUCCAGGGCGCCCAGGAAGGCCAGGUAUUUGGCUGGCAGCUGUACGUCCAGAACGAGCGGCGCAAGAGCGAGGCCAUGCUGGCCCGCAUCAGGAAGCUCUCCAAGUUUUACAAGUUCAUCGUGCUGACCCUGGACGCCCCCGUCCCGGGGAAGCGAGAGAUGGACGAGCGCCAGGGGAUGGUCGACACCGGCGCCCCGGCCGAGUCCCAGGUCGACUACCCCGCCAUCGGCGGCGCCAAGAAGGACGCCGGUCCCGUCGGCGUCGGCCAGGCAAUGUUCUGGGGCACCGCCGCAGACCUGACCUGGAAAACGACGCUGCCCUGGCUCAAGGAGCACGCCCCAGACUUGCCCGUCGUGCUCAAGGGCGUCCAGACACACGAGGACGUCUUCCUCGCAUACAAGUACGCCCGCCAGAAUCCCGGCACCCUGCGCGCCGUCAUCCUCAGCAACCACGGCGGUCGCGCCCUGGACACUGCCCCUCCUGCCGUGCACACCCUCCUCGAGUGCCGAAAGUUCUGCCCCGAGGUCCUGGAGAGCAACGAGUUCGAGGUCUGGGUCGACGGGGGCAUCCGAAGGGGCACGGAUGUUGUCAAGGCGCUGUGUCUGGGCGCGAGGGCGGUAGGCAUUGGUCGCGCACCGCUCUGGGGGCUUGGCGCCGGUGGCUGGCAAGGUGUCUAUCGGACCUUUGAAAUCCUCCAGGCGGAAAUGGAGACAUGUAUGAGGCUGCUGGGGGCCAAGAACAUCGAUGAGCUGGGCCCCAGAUUUAUCAAUUCACGCUCGGUCGAGAGGGACAUAUUUGAUGGGGAGCCGGGUCUUGACAAGAACGGCCUCUGGGAAAAGGCCGCUUCAAUUGCCAGGUCGAAGCUGUAAAUAUGAGGACGUUUGAAAGAAAGAAAAAGGAACAACUAAUAAAUUAUAUACCAAGUGGCCUCAUUUA